UUGUUUCUGAUGGGUUGAAGGAGGUUGGAGUUGUUAUGGAGAGGGUAAGGGAUUAUGUGAAAUGGAUGAAGUCAUCACCAGCUCGGAGUGCAAAGUUCAAUUCUAGCAUCAGGUAUCUAGAGAUGGAUGAGAAAAGACUUGUGUCUUUGGAUGUUCUGACUAGGUGGAAUUCCACCUAUUUGAUGUUGGAUUAUGCAGAAAGGUUCGAGCCUGUCUUUAAGUUCAUACAUGCUAGUCCAACAGAUGCUUCCUUCCGAGACUAUGUGGACUCCAAGAAGGGUCUUCCAAGUGAAGAAGAUUGGCGCAACAUUAGGCGGCUCAAGAAGUACUUGAAGUUCUUUUAUGAACUUAUCCUUCGUGUAUAAGGUAUGUGAACGUCAAAAUUUUCAAAUUCAUAUCUUAAAGUGAGUGAUUAAUGAUUAUGAGUUAUAAUAUUUAUAUUGAUGUUUGUUAUUUUUACUUUGUAUCAGGAACAUCAUAUGUCACUGCAUAUACUUUCUGCAGAGCCAUUAUUGAUAUUUAUGAAGUGAUAGCAACUUUGAAGAAGGAUGUAGAUGGAUAGAUUCAAACAAUGGCAGAAAGAAUAAAGGCAAAGGUGAGGAAAUAUUGCUUUGAGAAUGAUGCAUGAUGACGAGGAGGAUAGCCUUAGGAUAAAUAGGCUAGUUUACAUGACAUGUGUGCUAGAUCCCAAGCGUAGACCAGAGUAUUUGACUAUGAUGUUGGAAGAGAUGUAUGGGAGGUCAAAAGGGAAAGCUUUGGCAGAUGAAGUAAAGAAAGAGAUGGCUGCAAUGUUUGAGGUCUACAAGUUGAGGUAUACACCUCCACCCUCUGAGUCUGAGCAUACUACUCAGACUACUCCUCCUACUGUGACUGCGGGGGAUAGUACUAGUGACAAAUCUUCUAUUAUGGGAGGGGCAUUUGAGGCUCGGUUCCAGCAGAAGAGAAAGGAGCAACUUAGGGGGGGGGGGGUCGAGGUUCCGGUGCUGAGUUGGACUCCUAUUUGAGAGGUGUUGGUGAUGCUAUUAACGAGGAACUUGAUGAUAGGAAGUUUGAAAUUCUAAAGUGGUGGUCUCAGAACAGUAUUAGAUAUCCCAUUCUUUCAGAGAUGGUUAGGGAUAUCUUAGCAGUUUCAGUCUCCUCUCUUGCCUCGGAGUCUGCUUUCAGUUGUGGAGGUUGAUUUCUUAGUCCUUUCCGAUCUUCUUUGAGCCCAAACAUUGUAGAGGCCUUGAUUUGUGCUGAAGAUUGGAUACGGUAUGAAAGUGGAAAGACUGCAGUUGGAAUGGAUGAUAAGGAAGAAGAUCAAGAGAUAGGCGAUUAUGAAAAAGGUAAGAAUUCAAUUCAUUAUUCUAAUUUUUCUAUAUUAUUUACUAUUAAACUAUUCCUUUAUUAACAUUUGUGUUUUUUUAUUACUAGUCACUACUACUUUUCAAGCUCGAGUGGAAACUGCAAGUGAUAUGCCAAGUGCAAGUGGAACACAUAGCUUACCUGUUGCGGUUGAUGAGGAUGAUGAUGAUGAUGAUGAUUCCAACUGACACACCCUAACCCGGCCGGGUACUACUUUUACUAAAAUGCCAUUGAUAAAUAAAAUGCUCAAAUAUUAAAUUGCAGCGGGAAAAAUUUUCAUAAAUAAAAUACUGAAAACACACACUUAUAGUUCAGAGCAAAAGCCCUAAAACGUGGGCAAAUUUAACUCAAACUUUAAAUCCCAAUCUGUUCUCUAGUCUAUACUCAUAAUCAUAAAAUGUAAAUAACUAGGUAGUCUCUGUCGUUGCUGCUACUGAAAAUCUUACCUAGGCAUCCUCCAUGACGCUUGCACUGCCCUCCUCUAGCUGGUUGCUCUCGAACUUUUCCUCUCGAACUCGCUGCUCUCUAACUGCUCCUCUAGCUAGCUGCUACCGAUCUGGUUCUCACUCAUUCCCUUACUAAGGCCUGGUGAGUGAGUUGGGGUCAGUCUACUCCCUUAUGUAUUAAUAAUUCUAAUACUUGAGUAUUUUACUUAAACACUUAACUUUAACUAGUGGAAGUUGUUUGUACUUCCAAACUUAAAAUCUUAACUCUUAAACUUUGAGGGAGUUGAAGUUACUCUCCUCUCUUAAAGCUCAAAUCUUAACUUAAAUCUUUUGACUGACACGGGGAUCCCUCACUAGCUAGUCCGGUUGCCAACUCAUAAGUAUGAGAAGCCAUCCAGGCUUUCCUUAAACUUAUACUUAGUUAGGGGAGUCGUAACGAUUCAUCCCCCUAACAUCUUAAACUUAUCGUGGUGGCUCUUCGCCACGAUUCUCAAGAGCAUAACUGCUGAUCAUCUUAAAAGUCUCAAGAGCAUAACUGCUGCUCUAUCUCAAAAUCUCAAAUGGCAACGGACUGGCGCUAGUGACUAAAAACACUUAAAACAACUUCACCUUCUUGAAGGUGGGUUACUUCUUUAAAAAGAACUUGUUUCUUUAACUUAAACUUACUUGUAAGUAAAGCACACAACAACAUAAAACUGAAAGCAUAAAUCACAUAAAUCAGAUGACAUCCUAUAAGCAUACAAAGGCAAGUACGACACACAGCAGUCAAAUCUCAUAAACUUAUAUACCGUAAGGCGUAGAGUUUACCCCCUUUACACUCACCUCAUUACGAACGCUUUGAAUUGACCAGGGUACCUCGGUUAAGUCUCCAUGCAAUUCAAAUCUCCUUUGUAUUAUUUCAAGAGCUGCAUAUAAUUUCCAUUCCAAAGUCAAAUCAAUUCCAUACGUAUUA